UGUUUUGCAGCCAGGCUGCUGAAGUUAACGACACAGUAUUAACGACACAGUAUUAAUGACACAGUAUUAAUGACUCUUUUAACAUCAGCGGAAACCAUUAUCCCAGCCUGUCUCCACUUCCGGUGUCUCCGUGUGUUUUCUGUCUGAGACAUUUGAUGACGUUUGAGAACGCUCGUCUUCCCCCUGACGUGUGUGCGCGUGGCGCUCGGUGCCGGGGAGGGGAGGAGGGCAGCGGGGCGUCGGGAGGGACCGACCCGGACCAGAGGCCUCCGUCCUCGGCCAGCUGAAGGGAGUUCAACCGGCGGGCGGGAUGGAGUCCCAGUUGACCCCCGACAGUCCCGGAGGGCGCCGAGACUUGAUGUGCGCCUCGUUUAAUCAGGACACCACUUCUCUGUCAGUGGGAACCAAGACCGGAUACCGGCUCUUCUCUGUCACCUCUGUGGACAAAAUGGACUGCAUCCAUGAGGGAGUGGAGUGCUCGGACAUCUACAUCGUGGAGCGUUUGUUCUCCAGCAGCUUGGUGGUGGUGGUCAGUCUGUCGAUGCCCCGGCGGAUGAAUGUCUACCACUUCAAGAAGGGUACAGAGAUCUGUAACUACAGUUACUCCAACAGCAUCCUGUCCGUCAGGCUCAACAGACAGCGGCUGGUGGUUUGUCUGGAGGAGUCUGUCUACAUCCACAACAUCAAAGACAUGAAGCUGCUGAAGACACUUCUCAACACACCUUCCAAUCCAUCUGGACUUUGUGCCCUUUCAGUCAACCAUGGCAACUCAUACCUGGCAUAUCCUGGCAGUGCCACCAAUGGAGAAAUCAUUGUCUAUGAUGCCAACAUCUUGAGUACAGUGACGCUAAUUCCAGCCCACGACAGUCCGCUGGCAGCACUCAGCUUCAAUGCCUCUGGAACCAAACUGGCCAGUGCCUCAGAGAAGGGCACCGUGAUCCGAGUCUUCACAGUUCCAGAAGGACAGAAGCUGUUUGAGUUCCGGAGAGGGAUGAAGAGGUAUGUAAGCAUCAGCUCGCUGUCCUUCAGUGGGGAUGCUCAGUUCCUUUGUGCUUCAAGCAACACUGAGACUGUCCACAUCUUUAAACUGGAGCAGCAUAGUCCCAACCAGCAGGAGGAGUCGCCCACGUGGUCGGCCUACGUGGGGAAAAUGUUCACGGCGGCGAGCACCUACCUGCCGGCCCAGGUGUCUGACAUGAUGCACCAGGACCGAGCCUUCGCCACCGUACGCCUCAACGUGUGCGGCCAGAAGAACGUGUGCGCUCUGACCACGAUUCAGAAGCUGCCCAGGCUGCUGGUGGCCUCCUCAGACGGACAUCUCUACAUCUACAACCUGGAUCCACAGGACGGAGGGGACUGUGUCCUGGUCCAGACACACAGGCUAUUUGAGGUGGACGAGGAACCGGCGGAAGGGAAGGGAGGGGAGGGGCCAGAGGAAAUCCCGCCCCAACCAACCAACCAGUCAUAUGCUGCCACUGUGGCUCUACCUUCGAGUCCGCCCACCUCCACCACUCUCAUGGGCUACUCUGAGGACGGCGGUGCUCAGAGGGGCGAGGUCAUCCCAGAACACGAGUUCGCUGAGGGACCCGUCUGUCUAGAUGACGAGAACGAGUUCCCACCAGUCGGCAACCUCAGUAACUGAUCCCCCCCCCCCCGCUUCAGGAAACCAAUCAGAUUGGCUUGUUUAGAUGUGGGAGGAGGGACAAAAAUCUUCCAAAACGGGCCCAGAGAGGAGGAUGUGCUACCUUUGCUGGACUCGGGUUCUGUGUCUCCCUUUCUACGUCCCUCUACUUUCAAAAGAAACAAAGAACUCUGUAAGGAAGUGGAAAAGCCACUGUCCUUUUGAAAACCAGGCAGAACCUCCUCAGCUCUUACCCAGGUAAGCCCUGUGAACCAGUGAGGCUCAUACCAGUUCAAAUUUACCUGUCUUUGGAGAUACAGGGUCCCUCCACCCAUCCACUGUCCAACAGAGCUGUAACCCCCUUGUGUCAAUUAACAGACAGCAGUCCUGCCAUAGACAACCGUGUUCCCCUUCUCUUCACAGAAUGCCAAACUUUUCCUUUAUAAAUCUGUACCUUCAGUUCUACACUUACUGCUGUUGGAUUGUGAGUGAUAAUAUUACACAACAUGUUACAGUAGCAGCAAGCAGAUAAGCACAUGACGAGUCCAGAACACAUUUUCCCAGAAUGCAGUUGGACACAGCAGGUCCUCUUCACAACUCGAGCUGUAGUCCGCUUGACCACUUACUGGCCGGGUUUGUGGGCGGACUAGCCACCUGCUGUCGUGUACAGCUACCUGGUUUAAUACAGAUGCAGGUUGUGAUCCAGGAGACUUUCUAUGGCUGGCCUAAGAGAUUUGUCCAAGUAUUGUGGAAAGGACAAAAAACGUCCCAGAGCUUUCUAAAGACAAGGACAGAGGGAACUUUAUCAACGGGCAUUAUGUGUAGAGCUCCUCUUUCAUGUGGUUGUGGUGAUGGUGAUGUGCUAUUAAUGAAGAGGAGGACGAGGAGGAGGAGGAAGUUGAAGAUUGAGAAGUUACAGGGAAAAAAACCCAAUGUAGCAGAGAAGUGGACGUCCGGAUGAGCCCCGUGUAGGACGUGCUGAAUGUUCAGCUUGACAAGGCUCGCCGAAGAGUCCUGGAGCUGGACUUAAUGUUUAGAUCUUCACAAGGCAAACAGGAUUUUAUUUGUAUUUCCAAAUAUAUGCUAAACGUAGAAAGACAGCAAAUGAAACGUCAGCUAUUUGACUCUGAUGAGGAAGUUACGAGUUCUUCAAUUUCAGUGACGCAAUUUUGUCCCGUUCUUUAACAACAUUCAAUCCGUUAACUUGUAAAGCGUAAUCGUUUGUACUCAGAAGCUUGAUGUAGUAAAUAUUCUUUUGGAAUAUGACCAAGUAUUACACAGUACUGCUUAGGCCCACGGUACUUAAAUAAAGGUUGCUGAGGACUUUUGUGGCUGUAUAAUUUCUCCAUAUCACCACAGGUUUCUUUAGGGUGCAUGAACGUGUUAAUAACGUUGGCGUGGUUGGCCACACGGUGGCGCUGUGCAGCCUUGUGUGUGUGUGCGGCGCUGCUGCUGUAAACCCAGACAGUUCGGGGGCCCGUUCACACGGUGUUGUUGCGUUACCCGAACGGCGUUCCGGGGGCCCGAACACGCGAGCGUUUGAAACCGGGUUCCAGAGUGAGAACAGGACUCCAGCGUCGCCGUGUAAACCAGCAAGACCGGGUCCACUUGGCACGUGCGCGUUCCGUUUUCAGUAAAACGGCCAUGCGCCAGUAAGAAGACAACGUUAACAACGGCCUGUAACAGGGGUGGGCAACGUGGUCCCGAGGGGUCCGCUGUGGGUGCAGGUCUUGGUUCCAACCAAGCACUCACACACCCGAGUCUAUCAGUCAACCAGUGGUCUUUGCUGAGGACCCUGAUUUGUAGACUCCGGUGUGUAACACAGACCUGCACCCACACCGGACCCCUCUGGACCACGUUGCCCACCCCUGGCUCAUCACGCAGGCCGAGCUCAUUAAUAUUCGUCCGUCCGUGCCAUGAUUGGUUGAGCGUGAACCGGAUCCCAGUGAACUGGAUCACUCGGACCAGCAACUGCACCUCAGCGUCCAUCCAGACAACAUUGGUGUCGAGCGACACCCGCCAUCGUGCUGGUUUACUCGCCGCUCGGAGAAGAAGGCGUUUGUGCGCAUGUCUGAAUGUUCCCAUUCAGCCAGGUCGUCAUGGUUAGCCAAAGGAAUUGGAUUUGUGCGCAUGCGCGUCGAGUCAACGUGUCUUUAUUGCGCCUUCCAGGGGGAAACGCGUUUUCAGCCGGUGUAGUAAAACUCUCACACAAAAGCAAACCACACUACCGCCCCGAGGCCGAGCUGACAACACGGCACAGCGGGCAAGGACAACCGGCGGAGCGGCGUAUUGGGGUGCACCGGAAGCGCUCCCUACUACGAUGUUACACCGCCACCUACUGGCCUGGCACGCUUACUACAGCGUUUCCGGUCGUUUCUUGAGGCUCCGUGUGAACGCGGAAGUCUCUUGAGACGCGAAGGAGAAACGUGUCCGUGUUUAGCAGGGCGGAGGUCGCGUAAGCGUGGGGUCAGAUGGUCCUGUUAUGACUAAUGUCA